GACGUUCCUGGAGCCUGGUGGUGGGGUGAGCCCGCGGUUUAGAGCAGACACAGAAAGUAGCUGAAGGCAGAGCUGCGUGGGCUCAUGAAUGGGGAUUUGGCAGCUGGAAAGAUGGCUUCCUCCCUCUGUCCCGAGGGCCCCAUGGACAGCCUGGAGCUGCUGGACCUUCUGUUCGACCGGCAGGAUGGCAUCCUGAGGCACGUGGAGCUGGGCGAGGACUGGGGCUGUGCUGAGGACCAGGCCCUGCCAGGCCCAGACGCUGAUGAUUUCCUCGACUCCAUUCUGGGCUCUGCAGACUCGCUGCCCAGCUCUCCCCGCUGGUCUCCCGCAGCCAGUGACAGUGGCAUCUCUGAGGACCUGCCCUCUGACCCCCAGGACACCCCUCCACGCAGUGGACCGGCUGCCACCCCAGUUGAUCACCAUGCCUCAGAGCCUUGCCCCUCCUACAGUCCUGGGACCUCCUGCCCUGCCAGGACCCCUGGGCCAGGGGCCCAAGUGCUCGAGGCCUCCGUGGCCAUAGAUCUAGAAAUGUGGAGACCGGGCCUGUACCCAGAGGAGCAAACCCAGCUACCAAACUCGCCCCCAGGCUGCAACCUCACAGUGAAAGAUCUCCUCCUCUCUGGCAGCUGCGGAGACCUGCAGCCGCAUCACCCCACAGCCCCUCACCUGUUGCGACCUGGGAUCGGGCAGAGUCAGGAACUGGUGUUGACAGAGGAUGAGAAGAAGCUGCUGGCCAAAGAAGGCAUCAUGCUGCCCACCCAGCUGCCCCUCACCAAGUAUGAGGAGCGAGUGCUGAAAAAAAUCCGCCGGAAAAUCCGGAACAAACAGUCUGCCCAAGAGAGUCGGAAAAAGAAGAAGGAAUAUAUUGAUGGCCUAGAAACUCGAAUGUCAGCCUGUACUGCUCAGAACCAGGAACUUCAGAGAAAGGUCUUACAGCUUGAGAAGCAGAACCUGUCCCUCUUGGAGCAGUUGAAGAAGCUGCAGGCCAUUGUGGUACAGUCCACCAACAAGUCGGCCCAAACGGGCACCUGCAUAGCUGUUCUGCUGCUCUCCUUCGCCCUCAUCGUCCUCCCCUCCAUCAGCCCCUUCACCCCCAACAAAGCGGAGAGCCCCGGAGAUUUCGCACCUGUGCGAGUUUUCUCCAGAACUUUGCACAACGACGCUGCAUCCCGUGUGGCCCCCGACAUCACGCCAGGCUCCGAUGCUCCAGGACCCCAGCUCAAGACUGGCACACCCCAAGAAGACCCUCCAGGAAGCCCUGGGGCAGACUGGGAAUCCCAAGACGUGCAAGCUAUGGACAACUCGACAGAGGAACUGGACAACUCGACCCUGGUCCAGGGCAACAUAAUGGAGCUGGACUGGGCCUCCCUGCUGGACUGGGCCACCUUGCUGGACUGGGCCUUGCCUAAACCAGUGUUCAGCCCAGGGCUUUUGGGUCUGGAGGCAGCAGGGGAGGAGUUGUGAGCACGACCCAGACAUGCCCCAGGCCCCUCUGCCCAGGACCACUUCAGUGCAUACUCAGUGGACAACAGGUGUGGGGACUGGAGGCAAGGUGGAGAUGCAGUGGACAUGCCAGGAUGGCCAUGCACAAAUUCACACUCUCCCGGGACCCAGACACCUGCAGAAACUGAUGCUCAAAAGCAAGGCCACAAAGCCUUAAGAAAUACACUGACCCAGCCGGCAGAGACAGGCAGGCGCAUGCAGACUGAGCCACAGACCCAAGCAACCACACUGGCACAGCAUGCCUCACCAGCUCCCUGCCCGGGACGCCUCCCUGCCCGGCCGGUCGCACUGGGAGGAGGAAGCAGCUAAGACCGCAGGGAUCCUGGCUCCAGAGAAUGAGCUGGGUUCCAAAUUCGGGGUGGCCACGGCCCAUGGCGAUUCCCUUUUCUAAAACUGCUGUUAAUCCUUAAUAAAAUAUU